CUACAUCAUCGUUUUAAUGCCAUUGAAGACCAGACAAAGACCAAGCGGCUGCACUGAUGACGAAUUGGAUUCAUUGAUCACCACAAUAAAAAGUGCAAUGCCAGAUGCUGGCUACCGUGUAGUCCGAGGUGCUCUACUUGCGAAGGGACACAGAGUGCAAUGGGAACGGGUGUAUGCAUCCAUGCAUCGUGUGGACAGUGUUGGUGUGCUCGCCAGGAUGACCCGGAUGGGAUGUGUGGUGAGGAGAACAUACACAGUUCCUUACCCUAAGUACAUGGUGCACAUUGACACCAACCACAAGCUCAUCAGGUACAACUUUGUUAUCUUUGGGGGAAUAGAUGGCUAUUCAAGGAAGAUUAUGUACUUGAAGAUAGCAGACAACAACCGGGCUGACACCCACUUGUGUUUCUUCAAUGAAGCUGUGAACGAGCACGGGUUUCCUCUGAGAGUGAGAGGAGAUCAUGGUGGAGAAAAUGUGGGAGUAGCACAAUUAAUGUUCUCAGUUCGUGGAACUGACAGUAACAGCUUCAUUGCAGGGAAAAGCGUACACAAUCAACGAAUUGAACGCCUCUGGCGUGAUGUGUUCAUGAGUGUUACGGGUGUCUUUACAACACCCUGCACUCUCUUGAGGAACAACACCUGCUUGACAUCAGUAACGUCCUGCACAUCUUCUGCUGCCACUACGUUUUCUUGCCACGCAUCCAAGCCAACCUGGAUGUGUUCAGUGAGGCCUGGGCCAACCAUCCCAUCAGGACAGAGCAAAAUCUGA